AUGAGUUGCCAAAAGAGUAUUGAACUAGAUGCCUUAUCACCUGAGAAUGAUGCGUUGUAUCUUUUCCUUUUUCAUGCUAUUAAAAUUGGUCAAAGUUAUCCUUACGAUUUGAAGAAAGUGGCACUGGAUAUUCUAAAUGAGUGUGGAACAUUACCAAUUAUAGUUGUAGCAGUGGCAAGAAUCUUUAGAGAUUGUCCAGCAAAAGAAUGGCACGAUGCUUUGACAUCACUAAGAAGUACCAAACCAUCAAGGCAUGAGAUUGUUGAUGAAGAUGAGAUGAGGUUUUAUAAUUCUUUCAAGUUUAGCUAUACUUAUCUAAAAGACAAAGAAGCCCAAGUUAUCUUCCUGUUGUGUUCUGUAUUCCCAAAAUCUUAUAAAAUACCUGUAGAACUGUUAAGCAAAAUUACUAUAGGCUUAGGGCUCUUCGGAGAAGUUGACAAAUAUAAUAGAGCAAGAAGUCAAGUGCCUGUGAUUAAAGACAAACUCUUAAAUUCUUCUUUAUUGUUCAAGGCUGGUGAAGAAUGUGUAAAGAUGCAUGAUGUAGUUCGUGAAGUAACCUUAGAGAUGGCAAAUGAAGAGGUUCAAGUAAUCAUGGAUCCUAAGCAAAAAUUGAAGGAGAAUAUGAAAUAUUCAACUUGGAUCAUAAAUGACUUCUCCAAUUGUUUUGAUGGGAGUAAACUUGAGGUUCUCUUAAUAUGGAUCAAUGAAAUUGGUUCUUUGGAAGUUCCAAGCAAAUUCUUCACAGGUAUGAAGAGUCUUAAGGUGUUGCUUUUGUUUUCUAAGAUUGAAUUUGGGAGAACUUUAGCUUUGUCAUUGCCAAAAUCAAUUCAGUCACUAGAAAAUAUCAAAACCCUGUCCCUUACCAAUUGGGAAUUAGGUGAUAUAUCUGUGCUCAAAAACUUACAAAUGCUUGAGACUCUGGAAUUGGUUAAUUGUUUAAUAAUUGAACUACCUAAUGGAGUUAGUGAGCUUAAAACAUUGAGACAUUUAGGCUUGGUACAUUGCUCGAUUGAAAGGAAUAAUCCAUUUAAAGUGAUUGCUAGAUGCUCACAAUUAGAAGAAUUGCAUUAUGUUUUGAAUGAGGAUCAUAUGCUCAAGAAUGAAGAGGUUUCUCAAAUUACAUUCCUUCCAGGAUAUCAAAGAUAUAAUAUAAAUGGUGGUGACUUCUCUGAUUUUUGUUCUCCUCAAUUGGAUAUUUCAAUCAAAAAAAGCUUUAAGCCAGCCAAGCUACAAAAGAUAUUCUCCAAAGAAAUGAUUAAGUCAUUAGCAACAAGAGCAGAGAUUCUAGAAUUGAAAGGAGAUAUUGAGUUUGGUCGGGAUAAUCUUAUUCCUGGCAUUGUUUCAAUUGAAGAUGGAGCUAUGAAAGAGCUAGUGAAGCUUUCUUUGAAUUCUUGGCAUGAGAUUAAGUGUUUGAUCCAUGCUGAGAAUCUUCAACUUAUAUUUGGUGCGAUUAUCUUCUCCAAGUUAGUUGAAUUGCAACUUGUUGAUGUGGAUAUAACAGAAAUAUGUCGUGGUUGCUAUCCUACUCGCUUUCUCAAGCAACUAGAGAAGUUGAAGUUAAAGUAUUGUCUACAGUUGGAAGGCACAUUAUUUAAGGGCGGGCUAGAACUGGCUGAAUUACAUAAUAAGCAGCAAGGGAUCAUCGAUAAAGGAAAAAGUGGAUGA